AUGGCCUGCCAGAUGCCACGACGUAUGCGCCUGACCGCCAGGCUCCUGUCAGCGUCUCCCGUGGAGCUGGUCGUCGAGCCCAGCGUCAAAGUGGCGACUCUGAAGCUCCUCAUCGAGGAAGCCGCCCAGUUGCCUCCGUGCCGCGUGGUGCGUUGCCUCGUUUGGGGGGUCGCGGAGCUCCCAGAGGAGGCGUCGCUCCAGGAGCUGGGUUUUGAUGGCAGUGACGAGCUCCUGGCGCUGGUUUCGGAUGUGUUGGUCGGAGACUUUGAGUUCUGCAUCCCGGUAUACUCGGGCUGUCCAUGUUGCGGCUUCAACUUCGAGAUCCAGAGCGUGCAGUUCUGUGCAGACGGCACUGCUCUGAUUCAAGCAGAGCCUUGGGAGGGCACGCGGAGGUUCCUCUACAAGCUUGGUGAGUUGAGGGGCGCAGAGAGGGAGCUGGAAUUUGAGGAGGCGGCUGACGUGACUCCGCCGGCGGUCUACGCUGGUACUUUGUACGUCAGCACCACGGAUCCCAUGUACCGCCGGGUAAAGAUUCCUGAGCUGGGCAUCGAUGUGGAGGACGUGCAAUACUUGAAGCAGCAAGAUCGCACCGCCCUGCAGCAGAAGCUCGAGUUCUUCUUCAGCCAUCCCCACUUCAAUCACUCCCGUGACUGGGUCAUGCAGAAUGUCUGCAACCCUUCCGCCGUCACCACCUACGACGCGGAGAUCCUGGAGGCCUUCUGGUGGAGUUGGCCACGGGAGAAGCAGAACCAGGAGGCGGAGGAGCUCGCCGAAACCUACGAUGCCAUCCACCCCAAGAAGAUCCGAAAGCAAAAGAUCCCAGAACAGAAGAAGCCGCGGAGGAGGGUGCGUGGUCAUAGGCCGAGGCCUCGAGAUUGA